AUGUUAAACAUAUUGGCUGGAAUUUCAGCUUUAUGGGAGGCUUACUCUAAUGCAUGGGAGGAUCCGGUUGCCAAGAAAUUCUUAGAAAACCGCAAACAGGGGUAUGAAAAGGCCCCGCCCACACAUGCUAAUGGAUCUGUUUCAUUUGAAGUCACUGUAGAAAGAAUGACCAAAGAGAACAACGGGAAGUGUCCUGAAUUUAUAGAAGUCUAUAAAAGAACUCACACGCUAAAAGGCAAAGAUUCAGAAGAAGGGGUGUUGUGUUCGCAUCGCGCCAUAGAAACAAUGAAAGUUAGUGCAAGGGCAGAUGAAUUACGGGCCAACGGGAUAGUAGAUCCAGAUUAUGAUGCCAUUUACUUUGAGCUGUUUGGAAAGCUAAACAAGAGAAAGCAAAUUUCUGGAGCCGGACAAACAACUAGCAUCUAUUUCCCUAAUGCUAGCAGUUAGUCCGCUUGUGGCUCAUUUGGAGUUAGUA